AUGAAAUAUGAAAGAAAACUAUCACUUAUUUUAUUUGAAUUUAUAGAUUUAAUGGAAGAUUUAGCAAAAGCUUUAGCAGAAUAUCAUGAUCCACGUACGGAUCUUGUUCAUAAACAACAUUUACAUGAACAAUUAAAUAGAUUUUUAAUCGAUCGAAAUUCAUGGCAGAUAGCAUUAGCAACAUUUCAACAACAACAACAAAAUAAUCAAACUGUUGCACUCUCGCCAUUUUUGAUUUAUUUUUUACUUCAAGUACUUGAACAUUCGAUUCGUCAUCGUUAUGGUGAUCAACAACAAAUUCGUCAGAUACUUCUAUGGCUUUUUCUUCAUUUAUUUGAUUCUACACCUGUUUAUGUUCGUUCAAAAUUAUGUUUACUUAUUGUACAAAUGCUUCGUUGUGAUAAUCAAUGGUCAUUAGAUGAAUAUUUUCAAACUUGUUAUCACUUAAUUGAAACACAACCAUUCUUGGGUUUAUUACUUUUAACUACAACAAUCGAAGAACUCGGUCAAUUAAAUGAAGAUUGUACAAUAAAACGAUGUAAUCAAUUAAGAACUAUACUCAAUCAACAUGUUCCACAUAUUAUUCAAAUUAUUCAUGUUUUAUUAAAUAAAGAAAAUCAUCAAUUAAAAGAUCCAUUGUUAAUAAAAAAACAGAUAUUAAUAUGUUUGGAUCGUCUUAUUAAUCGUCUUUCGAUUCUCCCAUUAUCAUUACAAUUCAUUGAUGAUCUAUUUCAGUAUGCAUCAUCAACAUGGUCAAUAGAUGCUCUUAAUUGUAUUCAUGAAUUGAUACUUAAACAACAUCUACCACGACAAUAUGAUUCAAUUCUUCAUUCAUCACUUCGUCAUGUGAUUCAAUUAGUUUUAAUUGUCAAUCAAAAUUUAACCAUAAUAAUUAUAAAUAAAAUAACUGAAAUAUUGCAUUCAUUAUUUAAUUUACAUUUAAAACGAUGCGAAUCUAUUGAAGAUUUUCCAAUGUUUGAAUUAUUAACUGCUUUUUAUAAAUUUACACUUCAACAAACAACACAAGAUGGAUUUUAUGCUUGCUUGGAUAUUUGGUCAAUAUUUAUUGAAUAUAUAAAAACAAAAGAUGAAAUUCAAAUAAUGAAUAAAGAAAAUUCAUUCGAAAAAUAUUCACAAAUUUUACGUUCAUUAAGUCAAGAAUUAGUACAAAGAAUUCAUAAUGGACAAACAAUAAUAAAAACUUUAGAAGAAACUACUGAUUUAAAUGAUUCUGAUACAGCAAUUGAUCGAUAUGUACGAGAAUCUGUUGAUAUACUUAGUAAAUUAGCGGACAUUCCUAAUCUUUCAUCGAGUAUUUUACAGUUACUUAUAAGUCUUUUACAACCAGAUAUUGAAAAAUAUAAAAGUAUUCAAAAAUUAAUUCAAAUUUCACCAAAUUCUUCUCAACAAUAUUUAGUAAUAAAUAAUGAUUCUAUUGGCGUUUGUAGUCAAGUAUUAAAUAGUCUAAGUUAUUUACUUUAUGCAUUUUCACGUAUUGCAAAUUCUUGUCUACUUGAUGAUAAUAAUAAUCAACAAGAAAAUCAUUUUCAAACUAGUCUAACACUUGUACAUCAUCAAACACGAUCUUUUGAAUGUAUAACUAAUUUAAGUCAAUGGUUUAAUCAAAUGUUGAUUCUAUAUAAUUCAAAUCAAGAUAAUCGUCGAAUGCUUCAAGAAUUGAUAACACAUGUCAUUGAUAAUUGUGCACCUCUUAUCGAUAGAAAUAACUCUGAUAAACCCAUUGCUAUAUCAGCUGGUUCUUUUCUUUAUUCUAUUAUUCCUCUUACUCGUCAACAUGUAGCUUUUAAUGAAAUGAAUUCUAUAAAACAUUUAAUCAAUCGUAUUCUUACAUGGAAUGGCAUAUCUGAUUCAAAGACUAAUUUUCAACUGUAUAAAUUAGCAAUAAAAACAAUAUUAUUAAUAAUCUUAACUGAACAACAAUCUGCUGAACAUUGUUUCCGUACAAUUUUUCAACCAUUAAAUACAAUUUUAAAUGAAACAGUAAAUUUUUUUAAUCAUCAACAAGAUCAAUGUUUAAUACGUCGUUCAUUUCUUGAAUAUACAAUAUUACUUACAGAAUUAAUUGAAUCGAUUCGUACAGAAAAUAAUAAAAUGCGUCAAAAUCUUUUUUCAUCAAUACAAUAUUUAAUUAUAAAUUUAAAUCGUUUUUUACCAAUAAUUGUUAAUCGAGAUACAGAAUGUGAAACAGUACUUAUUUCAUUAUUAUUAACUUGUUUCGAGAUACUUCGAACACAAAUGGGUACAGAAUUAAUAAAUAGUAUUUUACAAACAACAUUUUCUGUAUUUAAUAUUGAAAAUAUUCGAAAUGUUCUUCGUGAACCAAAACCAACUGCUCAUACAGCUGUUUCGAGAUUUCUUGAAUUUCUAUCCUUACUUGUUAAUGAACCAGGAAAUAGUAAAUUAGCACAACAAUUUUUACCAACAAUUAUAGAAUUAUGUACAACAGCUUUAUAUCCAGCUAUUCGAGAAAAUUUUGCUUUAGAUAUUCGAGAAAAUUAUUAUAAACUUGUUCAUAAUUUAUUAAUUAAUAAUUGGCGAUAUUUCUUUAAAGGAAACGUUUUAACGACGUUUAAUGGAGAUAUUGAAACAACGGCUAAUGAACAUAGUUUUAUUCAAUUAAUGGAGGUAAAAGAACAUAGUUUUUAUAAUUCAUAA